GACUCGGACUGCUAAGAGGCGUGGCUUUGUACACUGUUUUCGGAUAAAGAGACUGUCGUUAGAUGUUUUCGAGAUUUUUACGGCCAUAAUACAAGAAUCAGAAGGCAUAAUCGUUAACGAUAGGCUACAAGUGCUAAUAUAAGCAUCGUUUGAUUAAGUCGCGUCAUUUAAAGCGACGCUUAUCUCGUUUUCAGAAGAUACAUUUGUUCUAGGUCAAAUAAGGGGAUGCUGCUGCAGUUGCUGUCUUGGAGCUCGACACAAUCGCUGAAUUUUAUGUUGCGUUUAGUCGAAAUAAGAAGCUUUACGAUAAGAGAAAACGCCUGCAGAAUAUGUCAGUCUCGACCGAGUCAUUUUCAAAUAUACUAAAUUUGCACUGUGUAACGUAUUUUAUUGCUGCCUCGCACCGCGCGUAGACACCAGGUCAUUUUAGCUUGUAUUGUGUUUUGAGUUGGGCAAGAACUCUGUAAACGGAUCUUUCUGUGAACCGAUUCCACUGCUUUUUUUCGCCUAGAUUUUUAAAUCGGCAAGUGUCAGUGCAACAGAAAAGUUAUGAAGCUUUUAGAGAAUUCCCGUUUUGAGGCAUUGAGCUCCCAGCUGUGUGUUGAAACUGGAGACGCUCACAUCCUUGGCAGGAUCGAGAGUUACUCGUGCAAGAUGGCUGGUGAUGACAAGCACAUGUUUAAGCAGUUCUGUCAGGAGGGGGAGCCACACGUACUGGAAGCUCUGUCCCCCCCUCAGUCCAGCAGCGCUCCGAGCCCUAACCUAUUGGGGAAGAGUGGGGAGGAUGGAGAGAACCCUCUAAGUGAUAAGUGUUGCAGGAAGACUUUGUUCUACCUUAUCACCACCCUAAACGAGUCGUUCCGGCCUGAUUAUGACUUCAGUGCCGCCCGUGCCCACGAGUUCAGCCGAGAGCCCAGCGCUAACUGGGUGGCUGACUCUGUUAACAGCAGCCUUUAUUCUGCUGUAGGGGAGCAGUUUAACACUUUAGGCCCAGAACUGUGGAAUGCCAUUGACCAAGAGAUAAACCUGCAGAGCUGUGACAUCUAUAGCUACAACCCAGACCUUGACUCUGACCCCUUCGGUGAGGAAGGCAGCCUGUGGUCCUUCAACUACCUCUUUUACAACAAGAAACUUAAACGCAUUGUAUUCUUCACUUGCCGCUCAGUCAGUGUCCUUAGUAGUUACGGUUGCAGUGGCCUUGACAAUGAGUUGGACAUGGAGCUGGAUGAUGACGAAGAGGAAGUGGACAGCUUCAUGGAAGACAGGAUUCCCAGAGCUCUGUGUGUCUAAAGCUUCCUCAGGGAUGACAACAUGAGCUUCAGCCAAAGGGCCUCGCCGAUAACUUUGCACCUACUUUCUUCUUAUUUUUUCAAGGAAAAAAAAACAUUCAAACUUUUAUUUUCUGGGGAUUUUCUUAAAUGCGUGUGCUUAAUUCUUACUUGUUCAUUAUGGUCUGAGGAGGGGAAAUAUAUGAGAGGAAUUUAUACCUCCCUCCCAUUUGCCUCUAAAGAAGAUCACAGACUGUGGGCUGAGAAGAGUCCCAAGAGAGCUGCUUAGACAAGGUUUGACAUGGACUCAUUUAGGCAGAGACAGUAAAAACCAGUGGAAACUAGCUCUCCCAGAAACGAAAGUCACAUUCAAACACCAGCAUUUUGACAGCAGAAAUGGGAUGUGACAGUCUCACACUUUGGACUAUAAAGACUGCACGAGCACCAUUUCUACCCCUUCCGUUUUAUUGGUUCUCCUACUGUUUUCAUAACUUGCUGACGGGGGGCUUAACUGUAAGUUCUGAAGCAACUAACCGGUACUUCUCCCCUCUGUGUGUUUCCUGGGAAUUAAACCCAUGACCCUGGCAUUGUUAGCACCAUGCUGUAGCAAAUAUACAAGGCUAAAUUUAAAAGGGUUUUUUUUGUGUUUUAUUUUUUGUAAAGCUUAAUUAUCUGAAAUUCAUCUAUUUUAGUAUACAUUGACUGCACUGAUUAUCUCUUCUUCUUUUUUUUUUCUUUUUUUUUUUAUUAAAUGUAUGCAGGCUGCCAUUGUUUUUUGACACUCUAAUGUUGGCUUUGCUAUGAAAACUGUUAUUACUUUUGUGUAGUUGAAAGGUAAACAUACAAACCAAUUACUGUUUAAUUGUUUUGAACCUUGUUCAUUUUUCAUAACAAUGUGAAAUUUCAAAAUAACAGUGCUGACAUGGUAAGACAAAUGUGAAUGGAGUCAAUCUCUUGUAGCCAUAGGAUUUAGAUUUUAAGAAUGAUUGAGCAUCUGUGACAAUAAAACUAUAGUUGUUUUAUA